AUUGAUGCACGUAGUGUUCGGUUCGGCAUAUUAGUCAUGGUGAGAUGUGUUCCAUGCUAUCCAAUUCCAAGCUAUAGAGAUGAACACCAAUAGAAACUAUAUAAGCAAGCAAGAGUGCUGACAAUUAUGCAAGAAGAAAUAACCAUCCAUCAAUGGCGCUCGCAAGCCGGAGGCCAGCCUCCCUCCUAGCCCUCGCGGCCCUUCUCUCCGUCGUAGGCCUCCUCGCCGGCCCGGCCGCGGCCACGGGGAAGACCGGCCAGGUGACCGUCUUCUGGGGCCGGAACAAGGCCGAGGGCUCCCUCCGAGAGGCCUGCGACUCCGGCACGUACACCAUCGUCAUCAUCUCCUUCCUCAACGUCUACGGCCGCGGCAAGUACAGCCUCGACCUCUCCGGCCACCCCGUCGCCGGCAUCGGCGACGACAUCAAGCACUGCCAGUCCAAGAACAUGCUCGUGUUCCUCUCUAUCGGAGGCUUCGGCAACCGCUACUCCCUGCCGACCUCCAAGUCGGCGGCCGACGUCGCCGACUACCUGUGGAACGCUUACCUCGCCGGCUCUCGCUGGGGCGUGUUCCGCCCGUUCGGCGACGCGGCCGUCGACGGCAUCGACUUCUUCAUCGACCAGGGCUCGCCGGACCACUACGACGAGCUGGCCAGGCGCCUCUGGAGCUACAACAAAGGCUACCGCGCCAGGACGCCGGUGCAACUGACCGCGACGCCGCGGUGCGCGUUCCCAGACCGGCGCGUGGAGCGCGCGCUCGCCACGGGACUCGUCGGGCGCAUCCACGUCAGGUUCUACGACGACCCGUCCUACGACGCCUCCUUGCAGCGGGAGUGGGACAAGUGGACGGCGGCGUACCCGGACUCUGAGAUCUACGUGGGCCUGCCGGCCUCGGAGCAGACGGUCGGCUAUGUGCACCCGAAGAAACUCUACUACGACGUGAUCUCGGUGGUGCAGAAGGCGGCCAACUACGGCGGCAUAAUGAUCUGGGACCGGUACAGCGACAAACGGACCAACUACAGCAGCUACGCCAAGGGUUGGGCUUGAGCUUGAGCUCCAUCCAUCCAUGCAUCACCCUGUGUGUGUGUCUCUUGUAUACUACUCUCCUCUCUGCAUGUGUUUGUUUAUCUUACAGUAAGUAGCUAGCUUGCAAGAAUAAAGUGAGGCCUGUGCAAGAAUAAACGGUUAGGUGUCGUU